AUGGUCCGAAACAACCAAUCCUGGGACCUUGGCGAGCCCGAAUUAAACGAUCGCGGCCAGCCCGUAAUCCACAACAUCGCCCAAAAGCUCGGAUGUAUCCGCCCCAACAGCGAUAUCGAUCUUCCCGUGCACUCGGUAUUCCCUGAGGACGAGGCCGGCAUGGCUGAGCUGGCUCGACAGCUUGAGGAUCAGCAGAAGGAACACGAACCUGCGAAGGAAGCCAUCAAGGACACAGACUCUUCAGUGUGUAACCGAACCGAGAGAGCGUCAUCAUCGGAACUCGAUCAUUCCGACGUCGACAUCGAUUAUGACUACCGAAAAGCUGCAUUUGGUAACACCAACGCCAUGACCCUUUCACCGCAGAGCUUCACUGGCUCUCCCGACUUCGAAUUUGCCCCUCCACCACCCGAGAUCGAUGCUUCAACUCUGUUCCCCUCACAAUCUCCUUCGAUGAACAACUUCCCCGCCUGGCCAAUGAUCAAACCUCAACUCACCGACCUCACUAUGCAAUUUCUCCAACAGCAACAACAAAACAGUAUGAUGGCCAAUAUGGAUAUGUUGAAUCAGGGUCUCGUGGAAUCAGAAUUCGGAACAAUCAAGCCUCACGUCCUCUCAUGUCCUAACCCCGAAGUGAUGCUGGGUAUGGGAGAUCCCAUGAUUUAUUCAGGCUACGAUGGAGAACCAAUGCGACUAUAA